CAUUCAUCUCCCUCACAAUCCCAUAUACCGCCGUUAUCGGUCAGAAGGACACUGAUUGCUACACCUGUGUGCAAUCACCUGUACAGUCUGAUCAAUAAAUGAACUGUGACACACCCCCUCUAAGUAUAAAGGUGAGUCUGGUCCACGAUCACGUCGAGUCGAUCUGCUGCUGACGCUAGUUUUCUCGUUGAACGUCGGGCUCCAAAAUCUCGGCAUGAAUUACCUUGUCUGUGUUUCAGUGGUUCUCUGUCUUUUGUGUUUGGAAGGGAUUGUUGUUUCCGCAGUUCCACUCAAACACCUUGACGAUUUCCAAGUCGCAGCAAGUUCUGUCGCUCCAGCUAUCAGUAAUGCAACUACGACAAAUUCAUCCGCGGUAACAACUCUACCCAUGUCAACAAAUAACAUGACGUCAAAUCCGUCCGCGGUAACAACUAUGCCCAUGACAACGAGUAAUAGCACAGCCAUGAUGAACAUGUCCACUACCCCCGAACUGAACACGACAACUGGACAGGUGUCAACUAGUAACGUGACCAACAACAUGACAACCGUGCCCAUGACAACAGCAACAGGAAAUUCUAGUAUGCCUGUGACGUCACAAGGACCUAUGUCGUCACCAACAAAUCAACAGCCAACUACAGCAAAAACAACCACGACAACAAGUGCUCCGAAAUCGUCUAAAUUCAGCGGAGCCUCAUUCGGUGGGGGGAUCGCUUUGGGAGUUGUGUUGGCAGCUGUAUUAGCGUUUGGUAUCUAUAAAUAUAGGAGCCGAAAUAGCGGGUAUUCCCAAUACUAAAUAAAGCUGAAAUCUCUUCUGUGAUAUUCAAGUGCAAAUAUUACCUUUGAUAAAAACAAUUAAUAUGUUUGAUAAAAAACAAUUUAUUUUUCCUUUAAAACACGGACAGAAAAAAAUGUUAGUCGUAGAUAUGUUGAAAUUGUAAUUUAGUGGGGAUAUGUAAAACUUUCUUUAUUACCACUGUAUAUAUAUAGGAAGCAUUUUACACGAUUGUAGCUAGGAUAUUUGUGUUUUAUAAAAGAAUGUAAUGGUAAGAAUGUAGUUGGUAUGAAAAGAGUGAUGUUUUUGUUUAUGGUUUAAGAAAUUGUCUGAGUGAAUGGGCGCGAGCUAACGAACAAGUUGUUUAAUUGACGUAUUAAUUGGUACGUGUGGGGUACUUGGUUUUUUUAUACGAUGGAAAUUUUUGUUGUUGAAAUAAAGUAGUAAAUCUGUA